AUGGCCUCCCGACCUCAAGCAGGCGCCCGCCCCGGGGCCAAGUUCGCCCAGUUCAAGCUCGUCUUGCUCGGAGAGUCCGCCGUGGGAAAGAGUUCGCUGGUUUUGAGAUUUGUGAAGGACCAAUUCGAUGAUUACCGAGAGUCGACAAUCGGUGCUGCCUUCCUGACCCAAACGAUCUCCCUCGAUGAGAGUACCACAGUCAAGUUCGAAAUUUGGGAUACUGCUGGCCAGGAGAGGUACAAGUCGCUGGCUCCGAUGUACUAUCGAAAUGCCAACUGUGCUGUUGUGGUUUAUGACAUCACCCAAGCGGCUUCUCUUGACAAGGCUAAGUCCUGGGUGAAGGAACUGCAACGCCAGGCGAAUGAGAAUAUUGUUAUUGCUCUGGCAGGCAACAAGCUUGAUCUGGUUACCGAGAGCCCCGAUAAGCGGGCCAUUCCUACUGCUGAUGCUGAGGCCUAUGCCCGCGAGGCUGGUCUUCUCUUCUUCGAAACCUCCGCCAAAUCCUCGACAAACGUGAAGGAACUAUUCACAGCCAUUGCGAAGAAGCUCCCUCUCGAUCAAGCCGGUCCUCGGAAUAUGCGGGCCGCCCCACGACCUGGCGUCGACCUGCGACCUGAAGCCCCUGGGACCCAAGGUGCAGGUGCAUGCAACUGCUAA